AUAAUCAUUCCGAUUCUGCCUAAACCACAGUCCUCUAAGAAACAUAGGUAGACUUCUUCCUUUCCUUUGGCUUUUGUUCAUUGAUAACUUCCCUGAUAACUUCUGUAUAAAAUAGUCACUCCCACCCUCCACACACACAAGCCUCUCACACACGUUGUAUGUGUUUCUCUUCUUCCUGUUCAACCUAAAACAGUGCCUGCGACUAUAAAUACAUAUGCCUGUAUGGGUAAAUGUGUGCAUAGAUAGGGACACAGGGCGAUGAUGUUCAGAAGCAGGAAGAACUGAAGAAUAUUUGAGAAUUCUUAGGUGAAUGUCUCAAGGGUGCCUAUUUGUAGAAGUUGCUAUUUGGCUUCAGUUAGCUUGCUUUUUGUGUUUAAAAUCCCUAGGAAAUUGAUGGUCACUUUCUUUUCCUUGGAAAGGUGCGGGUUCCGCAGUGACACCUUGGCGAUUCCGAUGCCCCCUGUCCCCCACCCGGGAGCCCCGCAGUGGACCAUGAGUCGGUAAUGCCCACGGAGGACUCGCGGGCGCCAUGUCAGACGAAUCUGCCUCAGGGAGCGAUCCAGACCUGGAGCCGGACGUGGAGCUGGAGGAUGCGGAAGAGGAGGAGGAGGAGGAGGAGGUGGCCGAGGAGGAGCCUGACAGGGAUGACGAGGACGACCUGCUGGAUGACACAUCCCUAGAAGGCAUGUGUGACCCCGACCAUGCCCAGCCGGAGGACGACGGGCAGCGGCCACCGCGGUGCACUUCAACUACCUCAUCUCAGUCUGAGCCCUCAGAGCAGCUUAGGCCCCAUCGAGACAAGAUCCUCGCCUCCGAGGACCCCAAAAAGAAGAGAGCUCAGAAGCCCUCUCACAUGAGGAGAAAUAUACGAAAGCUACUCCGGGAGGAUCAAUUGGAGCCCGUUACCAAAGCGGCACAGCAGGAAGAGCUGGAAAGGAGGAAGCGUCUGGAGCAGCAGAGGAAAGAUUACGCAGCCCCCAUUCCCACCGUGCCCCUGGAGUUCCUACCUGAGGAAAUUGUCUUACGAGCAAGCGAGGGUCCCCAGCUGCCUCCGCGGGUACUGGCCCAGGAGGUCAUCUGUCUGGACAGUAGCAGUGGCAGCGAGGAUGAGAAAAGCAGUCGCGAUGAGGUGAUUGAGCUGAGCUCCGGAGAGGAGGACACCCUGCACGUCGUGGACAGCAGCGAGUCUGUCAGCGAGGAGGAUGAGGAGGAGGAGAAGGGGGGCACCCACGUGAACGACGCCUUAAACCAGCACGACGCCCUCGGGCGGGUCCUCGUCAACCUGAACCACCCUCCGGAGGAGGAGAACGUCUUCCUGGCCCCGCAGUUGGCACGGGCUGUGAAACCUCAUCAGAUUGGCGGGAUCCGGUUCUUGUAUGAUAACCUAGUCGAGUCCCUGGAAAGGUUUAAGACCAGCAGUGGCUUUGGCUGUAUCCUAGCCCACAGCAUGGGCUUAGGGAAAACUCUGCAAGUGAUCUCCUUCGUUGAUGUCCUCUUCCGCCACACGCCAGCCAAGACCGUCCUUGCCAUUGUGCCGGUUAAUACUCUUCAGAAUUGGCUGGCAGAGUUCAACAUGUGGCUUCCAGCUCCUGAAACCCUUCCAGCUGACAACAAGCCUGAAGAACUCCAGCCUCGGUUCUUUAAGGUUCACAUCUUGAAUGACGAGCACAAGACAAUGGCCUCUCGUGCCAAAGUGAUGGCUGCCUGGGUGUCCGAAGGUGGAGUGAUGCUGAUGGGGUAUGAAAUGUACAGACUCCUCACAUUGAAGAAAUCCUUUGCCACGGGUCGACCAAAGAAAACCAAGAAACGAUCUCAUCCAGUCAUCAUUGAUCUGGAUGAAGAAGACCGACAGCAGGAGUUUAGGAAAGAGUUUGAGAAGGCCUUAUGCCGCCCGGGCCCUGAUGUGGUCAUCUGUGACGAAGGGCACCGCAUCAAGAACUGCCAGGCCAGCACCUCCCAGGCUCUGAAGAACAUCCGUUCUCGUCGCCGGGUGGUGCUGACCGGGUACCCCCUGCAGAACAACCUGAUCGAGUACUGGUGCAUGGUGGACUUUGUACGCCCAGAUUUCCUCGGCACUCGGCAGGAGUUCAGCAACAUGUUUGAGCGCCCUAUCCUGAACGGGCAGUGUAUCGACAGCACACCGCAGGACGUCCGCCUCAUGCGGUACCGGAGCCAUGUUCUGCACAGCCUCCUGGAGGGCUUCGUGCAGAGGAGAGGCCACACUGUGCUAAAGAUCCAUCUCCCUGCCAAGGAAGAGAAUGUGAUUCUGGUGCGGCUGUCUAAGAUCCAGAGAGAUCUGUACACACAGUUCAUGGACCGCUUCCGGGACUGCGGUAACAGUGGCUGGCUGGGGCUGAACCCCCUAAAGGCUUUCUGUGUGUGCUGCAAGAUCUGGAACCACCCCGAUGUGCUGUAUGAAGCCCUUCAGAAGGAAAACCUGGCCAAUGAGCAGGACCUCGAUGUGGAGGAGCUUGGCUCAGCAGGAACCAGUGCCCGCUGCCCACCCCAGGGGAUAAAAUGCAAGGGGGAGGAUAGCACCCUGGCUUCGUCGAUGGGAGAGACAGCCAAUAGCAAGUUCUUACAGGGCGUCGGCUUCAACCCUUUCCAGGAACGAGGCAACAACAUCGUCACCUAUGAAUGGGCCAAAGACCUUCUGACCAACUACCAGACCGGAGUCUUGGAAAACUCGCCUAAGAUGGUAUUGCUUUUCCACCUGAUUGAGGAAAGCGUGAAGCUUGGGGACAAGAUCCUUGUGUUCAGCCAGAGCCUUUCCACCUUGGCUCUGAUCGAGGAGUUCCUGGGAAAGCGAGAGGUGCCCAGUCUGCCUGGUGCGGAGGGGCAAGGAGCGCAGAAGUGGGUUCGAAACGUCAGCUACUUCCGGCUAGACGGUAGCACCCCUGCCUUUGAGAGAGAGAGGCUCAUUAAUCAGUUCAAUGAUCCCAGCAACCUCACCACCUGGCUGUUCCUUCUCUCUACAAGGGCCGGAUGCUUGGGCGUGAAUCUGAUUGGUGCCAACCGCGUGGUGGUGUUUGAUGCUUCCUGGAACCCUUGCCACGAUGCCCAGGCAGUGUGUCGGGUGUACCGUUAUGGCCAGAAAAAGCCCUGUCACAUCUACCGCCUGGUGGCUGAUUACACCCUUGAGAAGAAGAUCUAUGACCGGCAGAUUUCCAAGCAGGGCAUGUCAGAUCGGGUAGUAGAUGAUCUAAACCCAAUGCUGAACUUCACCCGGAAGGAAGUGGAAAACCUACUGCACUUUGUUGAGAAGGAGCCGGCUCCCCAGACAUCCCUGAAUAUAAAGGGCAUCAAGGAGUCAGUCCUGCAACUUGCCUGCCUGAAAUUCCCUCACCUCAUCACCAAGGAGCCUUUUGAGCACGAGUCACUGCUCCUCAACCGAAAGGAUCAUAAGCUGACCAAGGCUGAGAAGAAGGCAGCAAAGAAAAGCUAUGAGGAGGACAAACGCACGUCAGUGCCCUACACCCGGCCGUCGUACGCGCAGUAUUACCCUGCCAGCGACCAGAGCCUGACCAGCAUUCCCGCCUUCAGCCAGAGAAACUGGCAGCCCACACUGAAGGGCGACGAGAAGCCCGUGGCCAGCGUUCGUCCCGUCCAGUCCACGCCCAUCCCCAUGAUGCCCCGGCACGUCCCCCUGGGGGGCGCCGCAAGCUCCGCCUCUAGCACACACCCCUCCGUGAACUUCCCCAUCAACUACCUGCAGCGGGCAGGAGUCCUCGUGCAGAAGGUGGUCACCACAACAGAUAUAGUUAUUCCUGGGCUCAACAGCUCCACAGAUGUUCAGGCGAGAAUUAAUGCUGGUGAGAGCAUCCAUAUCAUUCGGGGGACAAAAGGGACAUACAUCCGAACCAGUGACGGGCGGAUCUUUGCUGUCCGGGCAACCGGCAAACCAAAGGUCCCUGAAGACGGUCGGAUGGCUGCCUCAGGUUCCCAGGGGCCUUCUCUCGCCUCCACGAGCAACGGCAGACACAGUGCCUCUUCACCCAAAGCCCCGGACCCGGAGGGGCUGGCCAGGCCCGUCUCUCCGGACAGCCCGGAGAUCAUCAGCGAGCUCCAGCAGUACGCCGACGUGGCCGCGGCCCGGGAAUCCCGCCAGGGCUCCCCCGGCAUCAGCGCCACCCUGCCCGGCCCCCCGGCCCCCCUGGUGGACAACAGUACCGUGUCUGGGGCAGCUCUGGGAACCGAGCCACGCCUUGGGGGCCAUUGCCUCAACAGCUCCCUCCUGGUGACGGGCCAGCCCUGUGGCAGCAGGCACCCAGUGCUGGACCUGAGGGGCCACAAGCGCAAGAUGGCCGCGCCCUCCGCCCCCCCGGAGUCCGCCCGCCGGCGGUCCAGGAAGGGCCACCUGCCAGCGCCCGUGCAACCGUACGAACACGGGUAUCCUGUCUCUGGCGGGUUUGCCAUGCCACCCGUCUCCUUAAACCACAACCUCACCCCUCCCUUCACCUCCCAGGCUGGGGAGAACUCCCUGUUUAUGGGCAGUGCCCCAUCCUACUACCAGCUGUCCAAUUUGCUGGCAGAUGCCCGCCUGGUGUUCCCAGUGACCUCUGACCCUCUGGUGCCGGCGGGCCCCGUCAGCUCCUCCUCCACGGCUACCUCAGUCACUGCCAGCAGCCCCUCCUUCCUGCUCAACCCCUCCGUGCCGGGGAUCCUGCCCAGCUACUCACUCCCGUUCUCGCAGCCACUCCUCUCCGAGCCAAGGAUGUUUGCGCCUUUCCCUUCCCCGGUCUUGCCCAGCAACCUCUCGCGGGGCGUGUCUGUCUACCCCGGCUAUGUGUCCCCCCACGCAGGCUACCCCGCGGGGGGCCGCCUCCGGUCCCAGGUGCCUCCGUUUGACUCCCACGAGGUGGCCGAGGUGGGGUUCAGUUCCAAUGAGGAUGAAGAUAAGGAUGAUGAUGUGAUAGAGGUCACCGGGAAAUAGCUGGGGAGGAACCCUCCCCCCCCCCGCCACACACGCGCGCACACACACACACACACACACACACCCCUCUCUGUUGGGGCCCCCUGGCAGGUUGCCCACCGAGGUGGAAGGCAGCACUUGGAGCUUUCUGAGAAGAUAGGGUACUCGUCUAUCCAGGGGGAAAGGUCAACGAUAAACCCCGUUAGCCAUUGCGGCAGGGCUGUGUGGCUAUUUCACAGGAGAGGCAAAAACAAGAAAGGCAACCCAGCAGCAAUAGCAGGAAACCAGGGACGUGCAAACGGGGGGGCGGACAGAGGAGCGGGGAAGCCCGCGCCCCCCCCCCCCCCGCUCCUGCUGUCUGCCAGCCCGUCCAGCUGAGUGUAAAAGCUCACCUCCCAUUUGGGGAACACUCCCCAGAGAGAACUGCCUUACGAGUGACUUAACCUUGGCUUAGGGAGGGGAGGA